AUGACGAUCCUUCUAACGCAAAACCUGGGCAAGAUCCGCGGGCGCGAUAGCAACAAAGUGACCCAAUUCCUAGGCAUUAAAUACGCCACUCUGAGCGACAGACUUGCAGACGCCCAACUCAUUGAAACCCGCGACGGGGACGUGCUCGACGCGACCAAAGAUGGCCCGACGGCGCUGUCUCCGUCGUUCGGAUGCGACCUGGAGCUCAGCAUCGUGCAGCAUACCCUGCCCAAGAAGCCUCUUCCCCAAUCCGACGUCGACUGCCUGAACUUGAACAUUGCGACUCCAAGCGACGCCACGACCGAUGCUCGUCUACCGGUCUUUGUUUUCAUCCACGGCGGCGGGCUGUUCAUCGGGGCCAAUUCCUGGCCGCAGUUUGAUCUCGAGCGGUUGGUUGCGCUGUCUGUGUCGAACGGGCUGCCCAUUGUCGCAGUGUCGAUCAACUAUCGACUGGGCAUGUUCGGGUUCAUGACCUCAGAGGAAUUGAGGAAUGCCGGCUACAAAGCGAACAAUGGCCUGCGAGACCAGCGCGUCGCCCUGGAGUGGGUGCGCAGGCACAUCAGUGACUUUGGCGGGGAUCCGGACAAUAUCACUCUUGCUGGGAUGAGCGCCGGCGCUGCAUCUGUCGCCUGUCAUCUCGAGUCUGAAACGCCUCUUUUCAAACGAGCCAUCUUGAUGAGCGGGAAUCGCUUUUUCUCGCCCAGCUUACCCUACGAGAGUCAUGAGAAAAGCUACGAGCAAGCGAUGGCAGCAUUGGGCUUGGCGGAUGCCUCACCAGAAGAACGCAUUGAGGCCUUGCUGAAGACUCCUGGCGAGGAGUUGGUCGCGAAGGUCCCUCCGUCCAUAGCUCCGACAUUUGCAGUGGAUGGAGACCUGGUUCCAUCCGCGAUUACUUACUCACAGCUGGCGGACAGAACUAACCACAUCCCCAAAGGCAAGGACUGGUGCCAGGACUUGAUGGUUGGCGAUGCGCAGAUUGAUGCCAAUAUCAUCCACGCCAUUAGGUCUGAUCUCAAGAACGGAUGCGCCGAGCGUUUCUUCAGGUGUCUUACAACCGUCCUUGCCACGCAACCAGAAGUCGCAGAACAGAUCUCGGUCAAGUACGGCAUAACUAAGGAUUUAAAUGACGAGGAUGCGUUUCUUGCGAUCCUCGACUUCUUGAAUGACGUUUGGAUGUUCGCUCCUUCAUUGGCAUCUGCAAAAGGCUGGAAGGGACGCGCAUUUGUCUACUACUUUAACGAAGGCAACCCAUGGAAUGGCGCUUGGAAAGGCCGAGCUGGGCACAUUCUAGACCUUGCCUACCUCUUCCAGAACUUCCGUGAGUCUAUGUCGCCUGCACAACAAAAAGUCGGCUCUGCGAUUGCAGAGGACUUCUUCAAGUUCUGCCAUGGCAUCCAGCCGUGGCCUCCUGUCGUUGCUGGAGACCUUGAGGGCGGGUUUACUGCGCGAGUAUAUGGCCCCAGCUCGCAAGAGCCUGCGACCCAGCAAGUCCACCGACCUUUCGGUGGAAAAAGCCAACGUCGAGCCACAAUCUUCGACCUUGGUGACAAGGUCUCUCUUGAUGAUCUCUCGAGAGUCGCUACCAUGUUCACUGCAGGGCAGUAG